GCGGGAGCGGCGGAGCACCGAGGAACUGGAGGACGGGGAGGUCGGCGAAGACGGCGAGAUACGCAGCUAGGAUACCAUCUUGGAUGGGAGCUUACAAAGCAGCUGCUAGAACGAGUCCCGGGAGUGGAAAGUUUUAAAGUUCGUGUAGUCAUGGAAUGGCAACUCAUGGAGAUCAAGCCAAGGCGGUCGCGCUCCAAGACUUUGCCGAACGAGAUGAGCGGCAGAGAGCUCUGGCAGCGUCGAUCCGCGGCUGUGGCGAUCUCGCGGAUGCGCGACUCCUCCACUCCCGCGUCCAGGCAACUCACUUCCGCCACGACAGGUACCUCUCCAAUCUCUUCAUCGAAGUCUAUGGCAAGAUUGGCAGUGUCGUGGACGCGAGACGAACUUUCGACUCCAUCUCUCAGCCCAAUGUAUUCUCCUGGAACAUGAUCAUCGGAGCUUACGCUAGAAAUGGGUUUCUGAAAGAAGCGAGGCGGGCCUUUGAUGCAAUGCCCCAGGCAUAUUCCAUCGUCGCGUCCACAGCCAUGGUGGCGGCAUAUGCCCAGACUGGGCAUCUGCACGAGGCUAAGGGAAUCUUUGACAAGAUGCCGGCCAAGACCGUGGUGACGUGGAAUGCCAUGGUUGCUGCAUUUGCGCAGAACGGUCGGAUUGUCGAGGCACGUCAGCUGUUUGAUUCGAUGGACGAGCGCGAUGUGGCCUCGUGGAACAGCAUGAUAGCAGCAUAUUCCCAGGCUGGGAAUCUUCGAGAGAGCAAGCGCAUGUUUUAUUCCAUGCCCGAGCGCAAUGCCACGUCGUGGAAUGCCAUGAUGUCGACAUAUUCUCGGGAAGGGGAUCUGGAAUCGACACACCGGAUCUUUAACGAGAUGCCAGAGCCCAACGUAGUGUCGUGGACAACGCUUGUCACGGCAUAUACCCAGAGAGGGGAUACCGCCAACGCGAGGGGAAUCUUUGACAAGAUGCCCCAGAGAGAUACCGUGACGUGGACGGCUAUGAUUCUCUCCCACGCUGACAACAGGGAAAUCGGCGAGGCCAAGAGAUUGUUUGACAAAAUGCCCGAGUGGAGCAAGAUCGUGUGGAACACGAUGAUGUGGGGAUUCGCCCACAAUGGGCUUCUGGACGAUGCAAAGAAGCUCUUUGAUUCGAUGCCAGUGCGCGACGCGGCGUCCUGGACGAUCGUGAUCGCGGCGCUGAGUCGUGUUGGGCGAUUGGCGGAGGCGAGGGCGCUGCUGGAUCGGAUGCCCAAUCGCCUGCCCAUGGCGUGGAAUGCUGUGAUUGCGGGAUACGUCGACUAUGGCGAGCUGCGGGAGGCGAGAGCGCUGUUUGAGAUGAUGGCCGAGGCGGAGAAGAGCGUCGUGACAUGGACGAUCAUGCUUACCGCAUUUACCCAAGGCGGGGAUCUGGAGUACGCGCGCGUAGUGUUCGAUUCCAUGCGAGAGAAGGAUCUGGUGGCAUGCAACGCGAUGAUCGCUGCGUAUGCGAGGUUCUCGAGAGUGAAUGAAGCGGAGGAUUUGUUUGAGAAAAUGCCAAGGAGGGAUCUUGUCUCGUGGACGGCAAUGGCCUCAGCAUUUGCCCAUGCGGGGCAAAUUUACUCCGCGUUGAGAUUCAUCCACGAGCUCAUGCCGGAGAGGGACGCCAUCACCUGGUGUUCGAUCAUCGCCUGCUGCUCGCAGAACGGGAUGGUCGAUCGUGCGAGGAGGAUUUUCGACGCGCUGCAGCUUGGAGCGGAGGAGCUGCCCCUGUGGAACGCGAUCAUCAACGCGUGCGCGCUCAAUGGCUGCUACCGCGACGCACUCGAGCUCGUCUGCUCGAUGCAAAUGGACGGGGUGGAGGCGGAGGAGAUGACGAUGGUGAGCGUGCUCAUGGCAUGCAGCCACGCCGGCUGGAUCAAAGCCGGCAGGGGUUACUUCCUGUCGAUGAUCGCAGACAGGGGCUUGUCGGCCAACCUGGAGCACUACUGCAUUGUGGUUGACAUGCUUGCUCGCGGAGGGCAGCUGAAACGCGCGGAGGAGCUACUGGAGACGAUGCCGUUUGAGCCGACUCGCGUCGCGUGGACGGCGUUCUUGGGCGCUUGCAAGAACCAUCGAAUGCGAUUGCGUGGAAGCACUGGAGAUGAGAUGAUCGAUCCAAAGCUUUUCUGGGCGGACGGGUCGUCGCCAUCGUCAGCGUCUGCGCGAGUUAGUUCGUCCGGGACUCUGGUUUUGCUGUCCGAAUUGCACAAGCCGGGACAAUAAGUUAUCCACAGAUCAGAUAGAACUGAACAAUCACUUUUUGGAGGAGGUGGGUCCAAUCGCUUGUGCAAACAAUAGUAGAUCUCUUCCUAUCCGGUACAGAGCUCUCGGAUCAAAUGGUCUCGAUCCUCUUCAAACCACUGGAUGGGAUAUCAAACAAAACAGAGGUUUUCUUCCUUUU